AUGAGAAUCGUCAAGCUGCGAACGAAAAGGUGAGUCGCGAAAUCCGGCUGAUUUUUCAUAUUUUUAUGGCAUCUUAAAAUAAUGCUCUUUUUUGCCCAUUUUUUGAAACAGCCAUUUUUUUCUUGCUUCAAAAAACCGCUAUGGUUUUGAGACGUAGUACGAUUCGAAGAAAUGAGAUGAAAAGGUAGGGAAAUUUAUUCCACUCGACAAAAUUCUUCAUUUUUUUUUGGAUCGAAUAAAGCUAUAGUUGUUUUGGGCAUUUUUUGGCGUUUUUUGAUUGGUUUGAAGCCUUCAAAUCGAAGAAAAUGACAGAUUUUUUUAUAAAUUGUAAAUUUUUUCCAAAAAAAAAAGUUAUUUGCACUUUGAAAGUUCAAAAAAUGUUUGGUUGAGAAAAAAAGAAGUUGGCUGAACUUAGCUAGCUAAAUCAUAAGUUGGAACUUUUGAAUCAGGAUUGCUUUCUCAUACAAUUCAGGGCUGUGUCAAAUAGGAACUUCGUCCUGAAAUUUUUAGAAUUCAAAUUUUUUUCAAAAUUAUUCUUAUUAGAAAAAUUACACUUUUUUGUUCAGAGACCCGUUUUUUCAAAAUUUUUUUCCAAAUUCCAUUUGUUUGUCCCGAAAAAGUGUCCACACCACCAAAAAAUUGUGCCGGAAACAGUCUGCGACGCACUUUUGUGUGCCACGCGGAAGUGCUCGAUUUUUUAUUCGGUGCUCAAAAAAUAUCCACUUUUUUGUCUCAAAAUACAACACAUUAUUCAAAUAUUCUUUUCUUCGUAUAUAUUUUUCGGACAAAAAUCUCCAGGCGCCGCCCUUUUUUGCUCAUCUUUUGAUUUGUGUCUUUUUUUGGAGGAUAAAACCUGCAUUUGAGCAAAAAAAAAGAGAGAAGGAUACAUUUUAUUUCUAUUGAACUUUAAUUAACUAAUUACAUAAAUUCUAAAAAAAAUGGUGCUGAAAGUGAAAAUGUUCAAAAAUCGAAAAAGGUGAGACUUUUGAGAAUAAAGAGGAUGCAAAAAUGUGGAAAAUAAAAAAAGAAGGCAAACAAAAAUAAGAACAAUUGUUUUUCCAAUUAUUCAUUCUGAAAAAUAGAGCAUUUUUACGUUUAUUUUCUGUUUGUUUUUUUUUUGCGCAGUCUGUGAAAAAUGGAAUUUUUUCUGGAAAUUUGAUUUUUGAUUUGACGCGUGUAAUUUAUUAUCGAAAAUCUCAUCAGUACCACGCGCUCCACCGAAAUAAACACGCAACGCAGACCGCGUCGCGCCACAACACACACAAAAAAGGAGGGAAUUUGAAAUUUGAAUUGUUCCCUUUUUUGUGUGUGUUGUGGCGCGACGCGGUCUGCGUUGCGUGUUUAUUUCGGUGGAGCGCGUGGUACCGAUGAGAUUUUCGAUAAUACUACCCAAAAAAAUUCAGCGCAAAACAUUUUUGAUCUACCAGCAAAGUUUUGGGUGUUGCGAUUUUAGUUAGUAGAAAAAUUAGACACUUUGCUCUCCAGGAAAAAAUAAUUAGGUCCAACAAGGGUUCAAAAGUCUAUGUUGAUCCUUUUUGGUCUAAGAAUAAAAAUUCAUUUUUGUCCCAUGUUAAGUAGAAAAAAACUACAUUUUUCCGGUCACCAAGUUUUUCGUUUUAUUUUCAUCCAAAGCUAGAAUAGAAUGCAUUAGCAAAUCAAAGUUUUCGGCUCAUUUGAGCCAAGUGCACACAAUUGUUUUCAUUUUAUUUUGGCUUCAACUUUCACAAGUCUUCCAAAUUCAAAUUUUCAAUUUUUUUUCAAAAAUUAUGUUCAUAAAUAAAUUCCCGGAAAUGUGUGUACCUCGACAAAAAAAUGAAGGGAAGAGAAAUGGAAAAUUUUUUUUUUGCUGGUGGUGAGCACUAAAAAUUAUGUUUCUGCCUUGCCCUAUUGUUGAGUCGACCAAAAUUUUUUUUCAUUUUAUAUUCAAGUUUUUUCUUCUGGUUCUACCGCACUUUUAUUUACUUCUUCAUUCUUGAGUUUUUAAUGAGUUUGUGAAGAGUUCCAGGUUACGGUAGACAGCUUUUGUCAGUCACGAAAAAAUUGAAAACAAAAAAAUUUCAUUUCAGGGUUUUUCGUGUUUGUUUAGAAGAACAAACAAGGAUUUUUGAUUUUGAUCCAUAAAAUCUGCAAUUUAUGUUUUUUUUUCAAUUUUCAAUUCGAUUUUUUUCAGAAACGAUGAAGAAGAGGGUCUGAAAAAAUCCCGACGAUCUCGAAACGAACCACCGCUCAUCGAAAAUAAUAAUCAAAAUCAAAAUCCGAAAGAAGGAGAAAUGCAGUUGGAUUGGGUGAAGAAAGCCAGUAAAAAGGUGAUUUUUUGUCAAGCCACAACAAAACAUAUAGUUCAUUUGAUUGAGUUGAAUAGCACGGUAAUUGAAUCAGGCAGGAACGAUGGGGAAAAGUGUUGGAUUGGAAUUCACUUUGGAGAAGAAUCUUUGGUUUUUGAAGGGAAAAUGAUCUUAUGAGAGAGGGAUAAGGAUAUUUAGUUUGGAAAAUGAAAUUUUAAAAUUAGACCUAAUUGUAAAUCCCAUCGAAAUUUUGGCUUCUAAAUUAUGAAAAGUUAAUGAAGUUUUUAAUUUUUGUUUUCAGGCUUCUGGAAUUCAGAUAUUCUAGCAAUAUAUUUCAGCUGUUAAAUUUCAUCCAAAGCUGAGCAGAAAUUGAAAUUUCCAGAAAAAGCUCUAAAGUUCUGAAACCCUAAAUUCCUAAUCCUAAACUCAAAAUUCAAAACCCAAAUUCAUUUCUCACUCCAAAUCCAAAGUUUUCUUGUUGUUUACCUCCUCUCCAAACAUCAAACGGAAAUAUCUCGUGUUCUUGCUCUUCCACAAAGAAUCCAAAAACAAUUUUUUUUAUGGGCGCAAGACCUUUUCGAGUUACUCCAACUCGAAGAUCAUUGUCAUCAUCAUCUCACACAAAUUGAAUCAACAAAUUUCCCCAGGGAAAAAAAAGAAGCUCUCUGACCUUCUUUGUUUUUUUUCCUUCUACUAAUAUCUACAUAAUAAUAAUAAUAAUAUGAACAAUAAGUCAAAAAAAAUCUCAUAUAUUUUUUGCGAAAUCAUUUAUUAUUCAUUGAGUUGAAAUGGCCGCCCCUUUGAUUUCGGUCGGGUCUCUCAUAUUUUUUUCACUGAGAACCAAAGAUUUUUUCUUUCCUUGGUUGUAUAGAACAUGAAAAUCAAGCCAACACUAUUAUUAACGGAUCUAGCACUUUCCAGGGUUUGAAUUUUCAAACUUCAAAUUAAAAUCAUGUGACAAUUUUUGCAGGCCACUCCACUUUUCGUUCAUUUUUUGAUGGUAUUCAGUGUUGGAGCCUAUGCGAUUUUUGGAGCAUUGGUUAUGAGAAAAUUGGAGACUAGACAAGUUCUAGUGCCAGCCGAAAAUGCGACUCAUAUUUCGCCAACCGUGCAAGGUUUAGUGAAAAAUUUUUAAAAAAAUGCUAAAAAAAAUAAGAUUUUUGUAGCCACUAUCGAUAAAACUAUUUACGGGCAAACAAUUGGGCAUAAAAAGAGGAGAAGGCAUAAUGAGAAUGAAAGUGAGCUGAUCGAAAAAUUGACAAAGUGAGUGGGAAAAAUCAGGGAGUUGUUGAAAAAUUUCAGCUUGGAUUUCAGAGAAUUCACAGAUUUCAAAAAAAGAGUUCCAGAUCUCAUGUUUAAAAAUUGAAAAAUUAAAGAAAAUUUUUCGGAAGUUUUUGAAAUUUUCAACUUCUAUAAAUUCACACAGCCUUUUACAGGGUAAAUCGCGCAGAGAAAACGAGAAAAAAUCCAAAAAAAUCCGAAAAUUCAAAAAAAAAUUUGAUCUAUCGUUUCGAAACCAAGCGCGGGAUAAGUUUUUGAACUAGAAAAAAUUUGAAAAACUUGUUUUUUGUUUCUCACUCUGCGUCUCUUUCAAAUCGCAAUUUUCCGUAUUUAUGAAAGACCGUGUAAUUUAUAUAAGUGUAAUCAGAAUGCCACGUGGAUUUUUUGGGAGAAUUUUCGGGCCGAAAAUCUUUAACCAAGAUUCUCCAAGUCAUUUUCCAGAAACUACAAUGCUCGAGAAAAAAGAGCAGUGACAAAUGUAAUGCGAAGUCGAAAAUGUGUCAAGGAUAUAAUUUCGAAAUUCGCAACAAAAAGUGGAGAAUGUUUGACGAAUCAGGAUUUAUUGGACAAACUUGAUAGUUGUUAUCAUGUUUCGACCGAUCAAUUAACUCAUGUUGAUGGGUUCAAAUAUACAAAUAGUGAGGAAGUUGAGUCAUGUAAGUAAAGUUUUUUGAAUUAGAGCUUGGGAAAGAAAUUACGAAAAAAUUUGAGAGUAAAAAUCGAAAAACUUUUGAAAAAUCAUUCUGGAUUCCAAAAAUUCCAAAAAAAAUUGUGUUCAGUUCAUGAAGCCGAAGAUCAAACUGAACAAGUUUGGAGUUUUAUGGAUUCUCUACUCUUCGCGUUCACAGUAAUCACAACAAUCGGUUACGGAAACGUGGCGCCAGUCACAAAUGGCGGAAGAUUAUUUGUGAUUGUCUAUGGACUUAUCGGAAUUCCAUUUACACUUUUAGCUAUUGCCGAUUUGGGUAAAUUCAUAUCAGAACUCAUGGUUACGGCAACCAAUUUUUUCAACAAAACUUGGAAGUAUGUGGCAAGCUUCGUUUUUCCUUUUUAAAAAAAUUAAUUUUUCAGAAGACUGAAGAAAGCGUUUUUAUGUAACUCGAAAUAUUUAAUGCGAAAAUAUCCGAAAAGUCCAACAUUUUCCAACGGAAAAUGCAAGGAUAUUGAAGAAGAAAUUCUAGAAAAUGGUAAAAUUGAUGGGGAAGAAGAGGAAGAAGAUGAUAAUGGAAUUAUAAAAAAUGAAGGAGAAGAGGAAGAAGAGGAGGAUGAACUUAGCGAAACUCAGGCUUUAUCAUUAUUCAUUUUAUUUUUAUUGUACAUUGCUGCCGGUGGAAUUAUGUUGUCGGCUUAUGAACCGGGAAUGACGUUUUUCAAUGCGGUGUAUUUUAAUUUUGUUACAUUGACUUCGAUUGGACUUGGAGAUAUUGUGCCGAGAAGGUUGGUUUGAAAGAGAGAAAAAAAAGUGCAACGGUUUUUUGAAAUGUGAAUAGUUGUCAAUCAUAAUUUGAAAUUUUUGAUGAUUUUGUGUUUUUUUUUUGGAAUUUGGACUUUAUGCAAAAAAACUUGAGCUUGAGAAAAAAGGGAACUCGAAAUUGAAAAAUUAAAUAAAUUUGGAAACUUGGAAGAUUAUGAAGUCUGGAAAAAUACCUAAUUGUUCGAAAAAUCUCUGAAAUUCCAGAAAAAUUAUCCUAUGAUACAUUUCAGAAAAAAAUUUAUGACAUUUGAAGUUACAGAAAUAGUUUCUGAACAAAAUCCUCUAAAAUUUCUACAGAUAAUGUGAUUUUUUAACUUGAAAAAGAAGAAAUCUGACAAUUUUGAAUUAAAAAUCAUAGAAGUAAAAAAAAUCACACUCUGAAUUAUGAUAAAUUAAAAUAGGAAAUGUGUACUAAUAAAUUAUUGACCAAGAUUUUUUUGGAUAAUAUUUCAUUAUCAUUUUUUUCAGUGAAUCCUACAUGCUCAUCACAAUAAUCUACAUCGCAAUCGGUCUUGCUCUCACCACAAUCGCCAUUGAAAUCGCCGCCGAUGCGCUCAAAAAACUCCACUAUUUCGGCCGAAAAAUCGAAAACGUCGGAAAUGUUGCAAUAUGGUUUGGCGGCAAGAAAAUCACAAUGAAGGCGCUCGUCAAAAAUCUUGGUGAUCAAUUCAAUCUACCAACAACUGUUGUCAAAAAUUUGGAUCUUGACAAUUUUGUGGAUCAGGCUAUCAAAGUGGAGGAGGGUGAAAUUGAGACAUUGAGGGUGAGUCAAAUCAUAAUUUGUUUCUACAUAUUAUCGAAAAUCUCAUCGGUUCCACCGAAAUCAACACGCAACGCAGACCGCGCCGCGCCACAACACACACAAAAAGGGAGGGAAUUUGAAUAGUUCCCUUAUUUGUGUGUGUUGUGGCGCGACGCGGUCUGCGUUGCGUGUUUAUUUCGGUGGAGCGCGUGGUAUCGAUGAGAUUUUCGAUAAUAUAGAGGAACAAUUUUUUGUAGCCUCCACCAUUCGAGCCAGAUUCCGAAGAAUUCCACGCAGAAUUUGCCGAUGAGCCAGGUUAGUUGAUUUUUUUUGAGUGAGCAAUAGUUUUUUGCACGUGUUUUAGAAGAAGAGUGGAUUCGUGAUCCCACACCAACACCCCCACCUUCACCACAACCUGUUUAUCGGUUGCCAACUCCGGAACCCGAGCCCGAGCCUGAGCCCGAGCCCGAACCAGAAAGUGAGCCAGGUUCACCGGCGCUAGAAACUCCAGACAUUCCAGAUGAAGAGGAGGAAGAAGAAGAGGGUAAGAUUUUGUUUGGUGUGAAAUUUUGGUAGGAAAAAUCUCGAAUUUCAGAAAUUCUGAAUCUGGGUAUUUUUUGAAAUCUUUAAAACUUCAUUUCUAACUUUUUCAGAGCCUCCUAGAACUCCAACACCUGAACCUGAGCCUGAACCUGAGCCUGAACCGGAGCCUGAACCCGAGCCAGAACCUGAGCCACCACGAGAGCCUACACCUCCACCUCCACCACCUCCAAAACCUCGACCAUUGACAGCUGCUGAAAUUGCAGCACAAAAACGAAAAGCAUAUUCAGAAGAAGCGCUGCGAAGAUAUCAAGAAUAUCAAAAACAAUGGAAAAAGUUUAGACAAACUCAAAAAACACCAGCUCAGCCACCGAAAACCAAAGGUUCUCCGGAAAGUGGAGCGGCCGGACCAUCGAGUUCGAAUUCCGGACAAUCUGGACCAUCAACAAGGAGUCAAUCAUUGGCAUCUGUAAAUACAUCGAGAUCUGCGACGCCAGAUAAUCAACGAAAAAAUCUACCGACGGCUAAAUAA